AGGUCCGCUUUGUGAUUGGACAGUACCAGCAGUGGGCUGGAUUUUACAGCUGCUUAAUUUUACGUUCUGCCUGCUGCGGAGACAAUAGUGCAAUUUAAGGCUGGAUUUCAGCAGCCGGCUGUGUGAACUAGGUGAAAUUGUACUAUACACUACGCGACAGCCGAAUCUGAAAAUUGAGUGCACAGUCCCUCAGAACAUUGAAUUACUGCACAACGUUAAUCUUGUUUUACCUGGAUGGAAUGAAUGCAGACAACAGAAACCCAACUCGCAUAGCAUAAGGUGGAAGGAAACUGAGAAGUGAACCCUGCUUUCCUUUCCUCUGAGAAGCGCAAUGAGUUUGUCACCGCUUGUGUCUCGAGCUCCGAUGGACAUUCUCGAGGAGCUGCAGCUCAUUGCAGCCCAGAACCUGGAGAAACUAGAAGUUUCCAAGUACUACGAAGUCAUGAGGGAACUGGGAAAGGGAACAUAUGGCAAGGUGGACCUGGUCAUCCAUAAAAUUAGAGGCACAAAAAUGGCACUGAAGUUCCUGAGGAAGAAAACGACAAAGCUCAAGAGUUUUCUUCGAGAGUACAGCAUCUCCCUCUACCUGUCUCCCUGCCCCUUCAUCAUCAACAUGUUCGGGAUCGCCUUUGAGACGGACGAGUACUACGUCUUUGCCCAGGAGUAUGCACUAGCAGGGGACCUGUUUGACAUUAUCCCACCUCAGGUGGGUCUUCCAGAAACAGUUGCAAAGCGUUGUGUCCACCAAGUUGCCAUUGCCCUAGACUAUCUCCAUUGUAAGAAACUGGUCCACCGGGACAUUAAACCGGAAAACAUUCUUAUUUUUGACAAAGAGUGCAGGAAAGUCAAACUUUCCGAUUUCGGAAUGACCCGUAGGGCAGGCUCGCCCGUGAAAAGAGUCAGUGGAACUAUCCCAUACACUGCCCCGGAGCUCUGCGACACAUCCAAGCACGACGGCUUCUGCGUGGAUUACAGCACUGACGUCUGGGCUUUUGGGGUGCUCCUGUUCUGUAUGCUAACUGGAAACUUUCCCUGGGAGAAGGCCCUUCCCUCUGACACUUUUUACGAGGAGUUUGUCAGGUGGCAGAGGCGGCGAGCGGGCACAGUGCCAUCGCAGUGGCGCAGGUUCACGGACGAGGUGCUCUGCAUGUUCCGCAAGCUGCUGUCCAUUGAAGCAGAGAGGCGCUGCCCAGUCAAGGAGGUCUUCAGCUACUUCAGCCACUGCUGGAUGUUGGACAAUGAAAACAACAACCAUCUUACCGAUAUCAGCUCCUUGUUGUCCGAAGAAGAUUUAGUAGACCGCAUGAAGCAGCAGACCUUGUCCCCCAUGUGUGGGAUCGGAAAAGGCAGCAUCAUAAUGGAGGGUUCCCCAAACUUUUCCUCCAUGUCAACAGCAAGCUCCCUUUCCUCCACCAGCAGCUACGAGAGGGCGUCUAGAGAGAGCACCAGCAGCCGGAUCUUGGUGGCGACCCCAAUUGAAAUCUGCGUUUAAAUGUUCGAGAGGCUUCCUCCUGAGAAUCUCCUUUUGAAGGUUGUUUGGUUUUUUUCGCAUCCACAUCGCCAAAGUAGUACUAGCUAACCGUAGAACUAGAAAUGAUAGAAACGGGCUACAUCUGAUAGUUACACGAUUAAGAGCUCCGAUGACGAUACAGACCUAUGUAUCACAACUUCCUCAGUUCAAACGUGUUAAUUCUGGGGAAACAUUUAAUAAAAUCUGUGUUGGAGUCCAUACAUUUCACCGUAUCUGGUUUGACAUUCUUUAAAAAAACCUAAAAGAAGCAAGUUUAGUCGUAUUAGUAGCAUGUAUUGAUACAGUCGACCAAAACUUAAUUUCUUAAAGCAAUACAUUAAAUGUUUUCCUGCAAAAAAAAAAAAAAAGAAGAUAAAAGCAGCCUGUGGCAAGGACGUCAACCCUUCCAUCUUGCGGUUCUCUCUUAUGGAGUAAGCAUAAGGAAUGUGCACAUUCCGAAGAAAAAAAAAUAGCAAAAAUGUCAUUUUGACUGGUGUACGGUUUAUUUUUAGUUGAGCUGUUUUCAAAUGCAGCGCUAAGCAGAUUAUAUUGUAGAUAUUGUAGCAUGGGAAAGUGAACUUUGGUUUUGUUGAUUACUGUAAAUGCAAUGUGAAAUAUUUAAGUAUGUAUAGACUGAAUAUGUUUUUAAUUUAAGUGUAGAGCAAAAUGUUUGCCUUCAAUUUAUUUGUUUAUUUAUUUAAAUCCUGAAUCCUUAGAGAUAUAUAUUUUUGCUAUUUAUUUUGUAAAGCAUUGUUAGUGCUAGUUGUUUCUUCUUUUAAAUUCUUGGGUUUGCUUAUGUGCUACUGCCACACAGUAUGACUACGUUCAACUAACUAUGAUGUCAAAUAAAUUUUGUUCCCAUUCCAUUGUAAGUACUCAGAAGAGUUACUUUUGUCUUUCAAAUACAAGAUUGAGAAAAGUGCCUUACAUUCAGACAGAAUGUAGGGUAAAUAUUCAUACAUAUUAUGGAUCAGUUAAAGGAGUGAACAAUUCGUAAUAACUUGAUUUACCUUUUGUUUAUAUUACCAACAAUAUCUUUGGUCAUUUCCUGCUGAAAUAUUGUUAUUUAUUUGAUGGACACUUUUAUCCAAGAAGACUUGUAGGUGCUACAGGGCUUCUGUUCAUUGUGUGUUGAUUUAUUUAAAUUGGGGGCUUUGCAGAUUCAAAUUAAAAAAUGUCAACGUUGUAUACAGCUGCUUCAGCUUGCUGUGCGGUUGUAAAAGAAGUAAGCAAGAUGCUAAUGCUAAGUAAGGUUAUUUAUUUAGAAGCCUUGUCACUCCUUGAAGCAAUAAAACCCUGUGAUUUCAAUGACACAGUCUAGAAACAUUUAAUUAGGCAGUUGAGCAUCUUAAAGCAAAGCCAAGGAAAAGUGUUGUUCCUAUUCAUGUAAUUUUGUUCUGUUCACAUGAAUAUUUUGCAACUUGACUAGAUGGUUAGUUAAACACAGAACGGGUAUUUUGAGCCAUUCUGUGUUACAGUUUGUAUGUAAUUAGCCUCUCUUUAUUUCCAGGCUGAAUUGCUGAAAAGAAAGAUCAUUUUUUUAGCUUUCUACGUACGUAUUUAAAUGGUGGUGUUUAACCAAAUCCAGUUGAAAUUGAAAAACAAGAAGAGACCCCAACCCUGCUUCACAGCUGUGUUGGUUCCCUCCGUUACAGUGCAGGCGUAGUUUGGAUUGUUCUGGAAUCAUGAAGCACAGAUAAUUCGCCAACUUCAAAGUCAUGUAGAGACAUGUGAAGAGAUAAAGGAUUACAACAGCAUUGGAAACGCCAUAAAAGAGAAGGAGGGAGAAGAAACGAGGGUCAAACACUAUUUAAAAUGCUCUUUAAAGACAGUACUCAUGGAAUAUCAGAUUUUUUUUUGAUAUUGUACACGGUUUGCGUCACAAUUUCUUAGGUAAACUUCUGAAUCCAAACGGGUAGACCUGCAGUUUCCAUUUUUAUUGGUUUACUAGUUCAUGGUAAUGGCACACCCUUUAUUCUGUGAUUAAUACUUUUGUUUUUAUUUUUUUUUAUUGAACUUUUAUUAUUGCAAAUGAUAAUUUUUAAAUGUUUAGUUAGAAAUGAUUUUGAUGUCAGGAAGUCCGAUAAAGAAAUCCUAACUGGCAUUUAAAAAAAAAAAACAACAUAUCUUUAAAUUAUAAAAUUAUAAAAUGUGUAUUUAUAUUGUACAAGAUAUGUGAAGUAGACAAAAAUUAUGCCAUAGCACAAGUUCUUGCAUACAUUUUUUUGUGAUAGUGAAUACUUUCUCAAAAAACAAAUAGGGCUAAAAAGGUUGGUUUAAUUUCAUGUGCUGUAUUUGUAUAUAAUGUCAUAUUUGUAUAAAAAGUUCAACCAAAUGACAGGAUGGAAAUAUAGAAAAUAGCUGCUGUUGAUUGAUAGUGACGUUUAAUUAAUUACAUUUCAUAAAAUAUACUGAUAGUUUUCCCACUGCUGUGAGAAGGUAUGAGAUUCCUUGAAGAAACUCUAUUUUUCUUUUUACUGAUUAGAACUCUGACGGAUUGCAAAUAAAAAAAAAAAAUACUUCAGUGGAACUAGAAGCAGAACUAAUUAUCUGCUACAAAUAUGUUUGCCUCAUGAAAAAAAAAAAAUUGGAUGUGUAUUGUGAUUUCUAGGCGCAUUGCAUGAAUUUUAAAUAUUGUUGUGGAAAUAGAUCGUGAAAAAUCUCUUUCUGUGUCUGGUUGCGUUAUCUCUUCUGCUUCCUUCAAAUGGGGUUUAUCCCUUUCUCAAGAUAAGCAUUUCCACAGAGACCACGUGAAAACCUGUUUGGAAAAUAACUUUUUUUUUUUCCCCCCAGUUUGAAUGAAAGACUUGUGUUUGCUACAUUUCCCAGAGUCAUAAUUCGCACCACACUACAGACCUAAACUGGAACAGCAAAAGGGAUACUGCAUCAAAUUUGUUCAACUUGAUCUCAAUGUUUUAAAAGUAUUUACAACUGAAACUGCUGAUUAUAUUUGUUGUAGAUGAAUAGGGCUGUGCAGUUCCCUCUGUUGUUACUUAAAAAAGGAAGUGUGGAAUAGUGGUUAGCACACUGUCAUAAUGUAAUGUGUAACCUGUAUUGCAAUGGCAUAUCUUUGUCUUUCUGUAGCGUGAUGUAUAUUGAUGCAACAAUGUUUUUAGUGGAGUUUUAGCCGGUAGAUACAUGAUUCUUCAGCCAUUGCAAUACAAUUGUCUUCCUGUAAUUCUUUUGAAUUUAAUUAAAAAUAAAAAAAUGUGAAACUACUCUGAAUUUGUGUAUUUGAAAUGGAUUGCUUUUCCAGCACAACCUACCUGGACUUUACCAUGUAAAGUAGA